AUGUCGGCAACCGCAACUCCGGCACCAACAACGACAGGUUACACAAACAGCCCAGCAACAUCUACACAUGUCAGCCCAUCUACUAAUUCCAGUGGUGGCAGUUCGGGCGUCGCAGGCUCCCCCCUCCUCUUCUUCGUCGCCCUAGGCUUCGGAAUUCUCUUUACGAACUUGUGGAUCAUCGUCGGUGUGAAAUACUGUUUCAGAUACAACCAGCGUCAACGCGCCCGUCAACUCGCUCUUCAAUACCCCGACGGUGUACCGCCCAAUGUGACGAUUGGUCGUGAUGGGCGUCCGGCGCAUGGACAUGGGAGGAGGAGGAGAAGGGAGAAGAAGUUGAUGAGCAUCGAGGAGGCGGAGGAGAGGUUCCCGACUACUACUUAUAAGGCGUGGAGGAUGCGGAGAGAGAUGCAAGGACUCAGUGUUGAGGGUGGGGUGAGUAAGAGUAGGCCGGGGAGUGUGCAUGAGAUGAUACUCGAUACGGAUAAUAAGAAUGAGGAACAUGGUGAGGAGGUGCAGGAGGUUGUUGGGAAGGAUGUGGAUGUGGGUGGGAAGGGGGAGGCAAGCGGCGCGCCGAGGACGAGUAUGGUCCAUGUUCGCGCUCUUUCAUCCGCGAGUACCGUCACCUACCAUGCCGACGACCACCAAAAAGACACCACCAUCACCACAGCACCCGACACCGACACCGACACCGAUCUCUCCCUCCCAACCAUCAUCAUCGAAGAACCCCUCACCCCCACCCUCCCCCACUCCCACGCCCAGUCCGACAACGAUAAUGACCACGAUCACGACUCAGGCGACAACUGCGCAAUCUGCAUUGACACCCUCGAAGACACCGACAUCAUCCGUGCUCUCCCUUGCGGGCACGCAUACCACGCUACAUGUUUGGAUCCGUGGUUGACAACGAGGAAGGCGAGUUGUCCGUUGUGUAAGCGCGACUACUACGUUCCCAAGGUGGUACCGGGACAGGAAGCUGGACCGGGAGUGUUGAUUGGGGAGGGAAGAAGUGGAGUGGUGCAAGCGCCGCAGCCGGUACAUGUAAGGUUUGGGGGAUUGAUGAUGCCGUUGUGGAAUCCGCGUGGGCCGUCAACCGUACACGGUGCUGGUGGUACUCAUCCUUCUCGCCCCACCCCAGCCGAAACGCGUACUUCGAUGAGCCUCGGACGCGGGAGUCAAGAUCAAGGUCAUGAAAGGCUGGAUACGCGAACGGGAAGGUUCAGGUUUGCGAUACAUCGUUGGUGGAGGGGUGAGACGCCGAGUGAGCGGAGACGCAGGUUGGGGGAUUUGGAGAUGCAGAAUCGGACGCAGAUGCCGGAGGGGUUGAGGGUGGGGUAUACGGGGCGAUAACGCAGAUUUGGGGAUGGUCAUGUUGUUCGUAUCGGACGAUAUUGACGGGGACGGCCGGUGGGGGCGGGGUUUUCGGUAUCCGUGUUUUUGGGUAUGGCGUAUUUACUUUCUCUUUUUGGAU